AUGUCCGAAACACUGUUUGGCACUGCGGUUGCCAGUGUCACGGCUUCGGUUGUCGAGUCGUGCGUCACAUAUCCGCUCGAGUAUCUCAAGGUGCGUGAGCAGAUUGCGAUUCGUCCACUUGGAAUGGCCGAGAAGUUUAGAGUGCCCAACUACACUUCGGUUUUCUACAAGGGCUCGUCGGCCCUUAUUCUGGGCUCGGCAGUCAAAACGAUGGUUCGCUUCCGCGUAUACAACUGGGCAACAAAGUUCAUGACCGAAAGCUCUAGUGGCAAGCCAUCUGCAAUUGCUAGUGCAGGCCAAAUGGCGGUUGCGGGUAUUUUGACUGGCAUUGCCGAGUCGGUGAUUUUGGUCCCUUUUGAAAGCGUCAAGACCACCAUGAUUGAGUCUAGUGCCUUGGGUAAAGGUUAUGCUGAAGGGAGCUUGCCUGUUCCUGGCUCUAAAGGCACAGAGGCCGCUUUCAAGACUACCACCACGCCGCGACCGGUUUCUUCAAACGCGGGAACUAAGCGGCCUCGUCAGAUUCGACCCCAGAUUGCCGUCAUGCCGCAGAACUCACUUUACGAAGUGUCUGAAGCGCAAGGAUUCUUGAGAACGGCCCAGAAAAUGUACAGCGAUCGCGGUGUUCGCGCAUUCUGGCAAGGCUUUAAUCCUACAAUCUUAAGGCAGAUUGCAAACUCCUCGUUGAAUUUCACAACUUACAAUUUCCUGCGGCAGAUUUUCACCCCUAAUGAAGAAGUUAUUGGCCUCACACCUCUUGUCGCUCUCACAGGAAUCACUGGCUUGGUGCAGGCGCUGGCCACUCAGCCUAUUGACGUGAUCAAGUCGCGUAUGCAAACUACAAACGGUCUCAAGCUCUAUGGAAACUCAUUGUUGUGCGCCUAUCGUAUUUAUAGUGAAGAAGGCGUGGCAAGACUCUGGGCAGGUGUUUUCCCCCGCUGGCUACGUAUUUGGCUCUCUGGAGGUAUCAUGUUUGUUGUUUACGAGCAGUCGAACCGUCACAUUCAAUCCCUGAUGAAGGAAAAUCCAUUCGCAUGGAAGUAA